GACACGGCCACCAGCGCCGACACCCCGGCCUGCGGCAGAUACAACCCCCGCCCUGCUGAGGCCGAGCCGGGCUCGGCGGUGGGGUCAGGGUGCAGAGGGGGUCUGUCGGCCGCCUCACCUGCUCUGCCGCCCGCACCACGGCCGCCACGUCCUACAAGAGACACGCACUGCCUUAGCGCUGGGGCCAGGCCAGGCCGGGCUGGCUCCUCCGCCGCCACCGCCCGCCCCACUGUGCCGCGCCGCGCCUCACCGCCUGGAAGCAGGGCGCAGCGAGGUGGCAGUGGCAGUCCACCGGCCCCACGGCCGUCGCCAUGCCGCGCCCGGGACGGAGGGGAAGAAGCAGGGAGGCCGCGGGUUCCGCUUCCGGGCCGGCAUUUUCCCUGCGUCCUAGGCGGGAAAUGGCGGCAGGCCCGGCGUCGCCGUUGUUGCCGCCGCCGCCGGCGGGGGAGGCGGAGCCGCCCCUCAGCCCCUCGGCCGCUGCCCGGCGGGACCCGCGGGUGCGGUGCUGCUCGCGGCGCAGCCUGGGCGAGGUGCUGGCGCUCUGCGCGCCGUUUGUGCGGGCCCUGGCCCAGGGGCAGCCGGGCGGAGCCGCCGCCGCGGGAGACGCGCUCUGGAACUUCGAAACAGCGGUGCGGGAGAACGUGACCAUCAAUGGGCAGCACUGGGAGGAGGCUUCGGAUGAUUCCCAGCUGCACAGCGGUUCCAACAUCAAGAUUCUUGAAGAUCAGUUUGAUGGACUAAUAGUAGAGACAGCAACAAAGCGUAAGCAGUGGCCUAAAAAGAUACUAACACAUGCAAUCCAGACCAUGAAAGCAGAGCAAGAGAUGUUGAAGCUCUACCAGCCUUCUGUAACAGCAGAAGAGAUAAGACUCCAGCCUUCUCAAGAUGCUUGCAUGGCGGAUCUGAAGCAGGUGACAGAAAUGGCAUCCAAACAGAUCAGCGGAGCAAUGAAGUCUCUCCCAGCGCUGAUAGAAAGAGCAGAAGGUUUUUCCCAAGCGUUAACCUGGCAGCCGACCCUGGAGCUCUGCAAGCUGCGGCAGGAGGUCUUUGCUGGUUGCAAGGCAAAGGAGGAAAGUAAUGUCCAAAAUUUUGUGUCACCAGGAGAAGUCACACCAACAGACACUGAUACCAGUAGAAAUCCUUACAUCUUGCUAAAAAGGAAAAAAGCUGUGGAUUCAGCAGAAAGAAGACGCUACCCGCUUCGGAGGAGGAAAAUUGCUCUCAGCACGUGAAUUUCUCAUUUGGUGUUUUCAGAUUGGACUCUCAGUUGUCCUCCCAAUGUGCUCAGUCUUUUUUCAUAGAACUUCGUCUCCCCUCUAAUUCAGUGCUAUGCAUAGGAGCUUCCUUUGUUACUUAGUCUUUGAUCCGUUUAAAUAUUUCUGGUUUUACAGCCACACUGAUGGUAUAUGAAAGCCUCCGUGUGUCUGUAGCAUCUGAUAUCCAGCAAGUAUAUUUGCCAAUGAGUUCACGUUUUUGGCUCUUUCGUUACAGCAUUUAGCUUAUGCUACUCAGAGUUUGUGUACAUGCUUUUUAGGUAUGUGGGCAGCCUUAUAGUGAACAACCAAGUGCUCACUGAUGCUCAGCAUGUCUCUAAAGAGACUGGAGAACAUCUAGUUCUCCUAAUGCACCUGCAUUUGUUACAGAGUCAGGUGACUAUUUUUGGUUUUUUGAUGAAUCAAUUUACACAGAAGCAUACUGAAAAUACCAGAUUUCUUAUGGUGUUACAGUUUUUAGAAGAUCCAUACACAAAUGUGGCGUUGGUCCUUGCUGUUCCACCUUUCCUGAAUGUAGACUGGCCUGACUUGUUUAUAGUCACGUUUGUUUAACCGUGGGUUUUGAGCAUUGGUGUGUAUUUACUUGCAGCGUGCCCUUCUGAACAAGGAUUUGACCGUCCAGGUCUCGCCGUCUGCUAUUUUGUUUCAUGUAAUCCAAUAAUGCAGUCUGGGGGUUUCCUGGACAGUGUUUCCACACGUUACAGGAUCUUGACUUGUGUCAUGUAUGCAUUUGUGAUGUUUGACUGAACUUUAAAGAUCAGUAUAGGCUACCAGUAAGUGGUCUGAAGUUGAGCUCACUUAGUGGGUUUUUUUCCUUUACGCAUCAGUACCCGGGCAGUGGCACAGUGGUGCUAGGUGGGGCCUUGUGUCUUAACCAUUCAGCACUUCUUCUGGCUUACCACUGCGGGUGCUUGCAGUAAAUACUCAUGUCUAAUAAGUAGCCUUUUUCUCACACAGCAAACCAAGGUUUUUGGGGUUUUUUUAAGAAGCUUUCUUUAUGAAAUGGACUGUGGAAAGAAGGUCGCUCCAAUUUAGUGUCUAAGAAACCAAACAUUUUCAAGCAGACACCUGAGAUUUUUAGCGUCGUUUCUUUUGUAAAGGUGAGCAUCUGUACUGAGGCUUUGUGUAUUUAAUCCUAUGUAAAUACUUGAGUCCCGUCCCUCUUGUAUAUACGAAUGUGUGUUUUUAUACAGAGUAAAUUAAUUAAGGAUGAUCAAA